UCUAAACAGACAGUAAUGUUCAUAUUUCAGAUAUCAGUUAUUGGUGACACCAUCAAUGAAAUUGUGCAUGAAGUGAAGGAGUUUUCUAGACGCUUUACCUAUGUCAUUACCUCAGGAGGUGUGGGUCCAACACAUGACGACAUUACAUUUGAAGCUGUGGCCCGUGCUUUUGAUGAGAAAACAGUUUUAAAUCCAAUCAUUGCUGAAUUCAUUAAGGAAUACUUCAAAGUCAAUGAUCUUUCCUCACCUCACUUUAAAUUGGCCAGGAUCCCUCAAUCGUCUCGUCUGGAAUUUGGCAUCCAUCCAAAAACGAAAGUGAAAAGUAAAUACCCCUUAGUCUGUAUCAGUAAUGUUUAUAUGUUUCCUGGAAUACCGUUUCUUCUUGAGAAAAGUUUCGUAAGCCUCAAGCACCUAUUCACGAACCCUGAUGCUCACAUGCACACCAAGGAGAUUUUUGUAGCAGCAGAGGAAGUAGCCAUCACACACAUUCUCAAUGAUUUCAAUGCCAAAUUUCAACACGUGCAGCUUGGAUCCUACCCUGAAUUUCACAACAGAACGUCACAUCUAUCAGUCUCACCUCCACCCUUACAGAACGUCACGUCUAUCAGUCUCACCGCCACCCCCGCUCAUGACUAUCACCUCAGUACUACACCCCUGCUCAGGGUAGCUAGCAUUGUUCUUUAUGAAAAGGAUCCUGUAUUGCACGCUAUGAACAAUCUCUAUGCCAUUGUGGACUCAGAAGAAUCCUCGGAAUUUCACCAAAGAAUCAGAAAGGCUGUCUCCACUAUAGAAUUAUGUCUCGAACAAUACAAGUUACCUGAAAUUGCUGUGGGUUUCAAUGGUGGAAAGGACUGUACUGCUUUGUUGCAUCUAGUCUAUGCAGUCGUUCAAAAGAAAUAUCCAGAUGGACACGAUCAACUGCAGGCCCUCUUUAUCAGAAGUAAGAUGUCAUUCCCCGAAGUAGAGAGUUUUAUUCAAGUCAGUAAAAACAGUUACAACUUAAAAAUGAUUACAUUAAAUGGUAAAAUCAAGGAAUCUUUAGCAGAACUAAAAGUCCAGAAUCCGCAGGUAAAAGCUGUAUUCAUGGGUACAAGAAUAACAGACCCCUAUUCAGAAAAUUUGCAACCCUUUAUUGAGACUGAUGCUGGUUGGCCAAGUUAUAUGAGAGUAAACCCACUUCUUUAUUGGACUUACAAUGAUAUCUGGACCUUCUUACGCAAACUCUGCAUUCCAUACUGCCCCUUGUAUGACCUUGGGUACACUUCCCUCGGUUCGAUGAACAACACACAUCCAAAUCCUGUCCUGCAGUACACAGAU